AUGCAAAAUUUACCACAAUUACCAAUAGAACUCAUAAAACAAAUUAUAGAUAAUAUAAAUGACCUGGAGACAUUAAAUCAUUUGGAAAAAAUUGAAAAUUUGAAACCACUAAUAUAUCAAAAAUUAUUUCCCGAAAUAUAUGUAUCAAAUCGUAAAUCAAUAUUAUCUAGUGGAUCAUGUUCAAUUCAAGAAUUUUUAAAUUUUGUUAUAGACAAGUAUAUGCCAAUAACAAUCAAAACAUGUGUUGACACUUUGAUUGAAAUUUCCAAAUUAAGAGAAGAAGAUCCUAAAUUUAAAAUUUUAGAUUUUAAUAAUACAAGAUUUGAAUUAAAAAUUGAAAAAGAUAAUUCUAUAAAUGAUAUAAUCUCAAUUUUUCAAAAUUAUAGAGUAUUCAAGAUCUCAAUGAAUUCCAUAGCUAGGGAUGAGUUCAAAUUAGAAAAAUUAACUACAAAUUUUAGAGCUGUAGAUAUAAAUCAAUUACAAAAUCUUAAAUAUCCACAAAGUCUACAAUCAUUAGAUUUAUGUUUCUAUAAUUUAUUUCCUCAAUUACAACUACCAUCAACAAUAACAGAAUUGAAAUUAAGAAAUUUCAAAGAUCAUAAAUCUAUAAGCCUACCACAAUCUAUAAAGAAAUUACACAUUACAGAGCCCAAAGAUUUUGACAAUCACUUGGAUUUAUUAAAUUUAUGUAAUUUAAAACAAUUUGAAUUUAUAAGUGAUAAAUCAUAUAAUCAAAUAACUUCAUUUAAUCAAAUAACUUUACCAAUAUCAAUUGAAUCAUUAUCUUUAUAUAGCUCAAAUUUGUUAAAUCUAAGAAGUAUUGAAACUUAUGAGAAUUUAAAAUCAUUAAAAUUAAUAGAUUGUCCAAAAUUUAUACAUUUCUUUAAAACACAAUUUCCAAAAAGUUUAGAAUAUUUAGAAUAUGGAUUUGAAUCUCAAAUAAAAGAAUUUCAAAGUUACAUAAAUCAUGAAAAUAACUUUAUUGAUAUAAAUGACUUACCAGAAUUUGACGAAGCAGAUAUCGGAUAUGGACUAAACAGAUAUUUAUUAAUAAAUGAAUUUGAAUACUUACCCGAAAAUUUAAAAAUUUUAAAAUUGAUUAAAAUGAAUGGAUAUAUGAUUAAAUUUUCUUUGAACUCACCAAAUUUGCAAACUUUAGAUAUUACUGAAACUUUUGAAUUAUCAUUGGAUGUUUUGUUAAGCAAAAAUUUGAAAAAUUUGGAAAAUUUGACAAUAAAAAGUUGUGGAGGGUUAUUGUUGGGAGAUGUGACAUUUCCAGAAUCUUUGAAAUAUUUAAAUUUAAAACAUAAUUUGAUUUGUAAUAUUCAUUAUUCAAAUCUAAAAAUGUUGCAAAAUUUAAAAGAAUUAGUCCUCACUGAAAAUUUAAUUAAAUCAAUAACUGAACAAAUUUCUCCCAAUCUACAAAUUUUAAAUAUCACAAACAACCCAAUAAAAAAAUUUCAUCCUCAAAAAAGCUUAAAAAAAUUAUUUAUAGAUGUUCAUGAAAUUCUUGAAAAUGAAAGUUUUAAAAAUAUAACGGAAUUAGGUUUGGUAAUUAAACAAAAUUGUGAAGAUGCAAAUUAUCAAUUUGAUUCAAGUAUAGAAAGAUUAGAAUUUUAUAAUAGUUCAAAAACAGCUUUAUCAAAUCAAAGUUAUGAUUUUACAAACUACAAGAAUUCAAAAUUUUUGAAGGGAUCAAUCCGAGCAGAUGAUGAAGAAGUUAUAGUAAAAUUUCCCAAAAGUAUUCAAAAAAUUCAAUUAACUGGUUCAUCCCACAAUCAAAUUGAAGCAAAUAUAAAAAUUCUGAAUUUCUUACAUUGUACAAGUUUAACAGAACUUCGUUUAACAAGAUGCAAUAUCAACUAUUUAAAUUUUGAGAUUUUACCCCAAAGUUUAGAAACUUUAUCAAUUGAAGAAUCAAACUUAAUGAAAUUAAUUGGAAGGUUUAAAAAUUUAGUAAAUUUAGAAACAUUAGAUUUACUGUUUAAUAAGUUGGAAAGUUCAAGUUUUUUAGAUUUCAUUUUUGAAAAUCCUAAAAUUUAA